AUGUUUGCACCAAGGACAGCUGUCCGCGCAUCGCGUGCAGUACGCGUUAAUGCUCCAGCUCUUCGACAGAACAUCCGCUGCUAUGCAGACUCAGCAAGCAGCAGCACUGGCGGCGCAGCAUCUUCCGGGUUCGCCAGCGGAGCAGCAGGUGGUGCCGCCGCCUCGUUAGUCGUCGCACUCGCAUUCUACAACUUCACCGGCGUCGGCAAGGCAGCAAAAACCGCGAACCAGCUCAAGGGCUACGUCGACAGUACAGCAGAGUCGCUCAAGGUCCAAUUCAAGGAGAACACACCCGAGCCAAACGAGGCUAUCGAUGCAUUGAAGUCGACAGCCUACAAAUACGCAAGCUUCGUUCCAGGUGGUCGAGAGUACGUCGACAAAGUCUUCAAAGAUGUUGAGAUCAUCCGCCAGAAGCACGGAGAUGAGGUAGACAACAUUGUCAAGGACGCCUACUCCGAGUUGCGAAGCGCCAGCAAGAACGGCAUCAACCUCGAGACUGCAUCGCAGAUGUGGUUCGUCAUCACAACCUACCUCUCGAAGCUCGCUUCGCUCUCCGUCGAUGCCGGCCAGGACAUCCUCAACAACCACCCGCAGCUCAAGGAGCAGCUCGGGGGUUCCUUCGACCAGCUCAAGCAAUUCAGCGAUAGCCUCGGUCCAGAGGCCAAGGAGAAGGUCCAACAGACGUACAAGGAGAUCCAGGAUGUUAUUUCGGAAGGCUUCUCAUUCAACACCGUCGACCGCAUCCGCAAGCUUGCGCAAGAGAAGGUAGAAGAGCUGAAGAAGCUUGCAGACAAGGCGUGGGAACAGGGCUACGAGCAAGUCAAGCCACAACUUGAGAAGAACCCACAGCUCAAGAAGUUCGUCGAGGAGAACAAGGACACCCUGAAGAGCGGCAAUGUCACUGAAGCUGUUGACAAGGUCCGCCAAGCAGUGAGCUCAGGCGACAUGGGUAACCUGCAGGAGUACGUCGAGAAGGCCAAGUCCAAGGCCGAUUCGUUCACAUCAAGCAGCAUCAGUGGCUGGUUGAACGUGAUCCCUGGCGGCUCAGCUAUCCUGCCGCAAUUGCAGAAGCUCAGACAGAUCGCCGAGUCGAGAGGACCAGAGGCCGAGAAGCUCGCCAAGGAGACCAUGAACGACAUCAAGGGUGUGCUCGAGAAGAGGUCCGAUCAGAUAGCAGAGUUGGCCAAGAAGGCAGAGCAGGAGGCGAAGAAGAACUAG